CAGAGAAAGAGAAAGAGAGAGAGAAAGGGAGAGAGAGAGAGUAAAAGAAAAAGAGAGAAAGAGAGAAGAAUAAGAGAAGGAGAGCACGAACACGACGACGGUCACAUGGCCACGCUCGAGUCUUCCUCUUCUUCUUCUUCUGGCCCGACUGUCAGUAUUCCGUGAAGUGUUGUGCCGUGCUUGCGUGCAGUGCCGUUUCCUUCGUCGUCUACGACGACCCUGAUGAAGACGAGAGCGAAUCGAAGAAAAACGAUUUUGACGUUAGACCGCGCACGGUUUACUCGAAGUAAUUUUAUCUUUAUACCUGCGAGGGAGCAGAGAUUGAUAAUUAAUUCGUACUAAGGUGGAAAAUAAUGUGUGCAUAGAAAAGAAGUAAAAGAAAAAUUGUUUUAAUAAAAAAGAAGAGAAGAGACAGAGAGAGAGAGAGAGAGAGAGAGAGAGAGAGAAUGAUCGACUCGCUGACAGGUGGAUACUAAAGGACUUCAACGAAGGUUGUUCAGGAUUGGUCGAAGAGGAUAGGAGGUCACCAUGGCAGUCGACAACCCUUCGUAUUUCUCGUUGUCGGUGUCAACGUCGUCGACGGACACGACAACGUCACCAUCGUCGAAUUGUCCAUCCUCAUCGACGAAUCACACGCAUCGCAGUGGUGGACACACUGGCUUGACGGCUCUCUUUCGACGUCGGCCUACCUGCAAAAUGGGUGCCACGUCUUCGACUAGCGUGGCAUCAGCCUCGACGGCUAGUACUUCAACAAAUCAUCAGGAAUCAUCGAGUCAUCGAAUCAGUGGAUCCAGUGGAUCUACACCGUCGACACCAACUGAGGAACGGGUACCCAUGUUAUCAAGAAGCACAGGGAACGGUACUACUACGAUUAAUCAAAGAAGAAGCUUUAGGAAUUUAUUUAGAUCGGUCAGUGCCAACGAUCACGAAAGGACCCAACAGUUUCUCAAGGGUGAUCCUAGACCCUCAGAUGUAGCACCACCUUCACCUUAUUUACCUCACAGAUCACAUUCGCACUCCGAGAACGACAGACGUCGUCCUGCUCGUGAUAGACGAGUCCUCAAAUCCGCUAGCGAACUUCUUUCGAACGAUAUGGUUUACUGUGGACUUUCCGGUGAUACUAAUGACCAUGACGACGAUGACGAUGACGACGACGAUGAUCAAGAUUCAACGGAAGAAGUAUUUCUUGGCGUUGAUGAUGCGAGGUAUUAUAAUCUUUCAUCGACCUUGCCAUCACCAGGAUCAGCAGCCUCAGGUCAAAGAAGACACUCCGUCGGUACUUUCCUUGGUAAGGAUCGAAACACUUGUUCUGGAAGAAGACCUACCCAAACAGUUGAAGUCUUGGUAGAACCUAGUAGUAUGGCACCACCAAUACCAACCGAUACAGUCGAUGGUAUCGUUCGUAUCGAUGACAGAAGAGACAGAUCAAAUGGAUGUAGAUCUAGACGAAGGAGACAUAGAAGCUCGUCCAGUAAAGGCUCUCGCUCAGCAACGGGUCUAUCAAAAUCCGAUAGCAGUCCUGAGGACGACGUCGUUUUCGUUUCCAGCAAGGACAGCGAAGCUUCGGGUUUAUGGGUGAAUUAUCUUACUGCUUGUUUCGAGCAGAUUAGUAGGCAGCAGGGUCGGCCACCUUUUAAAGUGCGUCAUGUCGCAGUUGAAGAGUCACUUGCUCCAGGGACAGAAGAAAGGAUCAAAUCUGCCCGUUUGCAGAUCGUUGUAGUUUGUCCAAUCCUUUUAGAGCGUGUUCUAUGUCGGCCAGAACACGCAGCUAAUCUUUCGAGACAUCUAACCAUCGAGAGAGUCCUAGCGAUGAUGCUGGGCGUGCACGAUGGCGUCGUGACGGACACUCAUAAGUCUGCCCUGGUAUCGUAUAAUCAGUGGCGGAAGUUCUUCGUUAAGGAUCAGGAUGAAACUUUCGUUGGCGAGUUUCUUGGUGCUGCCGUUAGCAUUUUAGGCACGGCCCCACCUUCAACGCUUAGAAAUGAUAAGACUGUUUUCUCCGUCCAUCCUAAAAAAGUCAAACUUGGUCAAAAUCGAAUCAUAGCUCUGUUGAAUGAUCCGUUACGUCCAGAGGACAAUGUAUCGGUUAUCGUUGAUCGCUGCGGAGAGGGUAUCGAUGUCGCUCACGUAAAAAGACGAAAUCCAUACACUCUUCAGUUCUCUAUUCCUGAAAGAUGCUUAGAAGUAUCCAUGUUGGUAGGCGUUAGAAUAUCCAGGAAUGGUUGUCCACUCGGCGUUAGGCAGGUAAAAUGCGAGAGUAGACUGAGAGAACUGGAUCAAAUUCUCAGAGCGCACGACAAUCCUCUUGAGUUUAUGUGUCAGACUUUCGGUUUCCAUCCCGGAGAUCGCGAGCAAUUGGACAAUUGGAUGGUGCACGCAUUUCAAAGGAACGUCCCACCCCAUUUCAACCUUUUAUCCACUCCAAACGACAUUCUACCUACACCUAAAAAUCACACAAAACGACUAGUCGGCCCCGAAGAGAAUCCAACGCUUUUACAUUUUGCCGCACGCUUCGGAUUGGAAAGAUUGGCCUGGCAAUUGUUAGAAUGUCCUGGAGGUGAUCUAGCUUGCGAUCUCAGAAAUGUUUCCGAAUUGACACCAGCCGAUCUUGCGGAGCAAGCUGGCCACACAAGAUUAGCUCAUCAACUUCGUGGCUACAUGCAAAUGAACGAGUUCACCAACAUGUAUAGCUACCUUAAAGUCAUAAGCGAGAACGCGUCAAGUCAGGCCACAGAUAUUCAAUCUACAAAUUCUACGAAUGACAAAAGUAACGACAAAACCAGCGAAACGAACAAUGAUAAAACGAACGAAGUCGAAGGCAACGAUAACGAAAAUAGAAUUGAAAAUAAAAACAACAACGAGAAGAACAACGAAAGAAUAAACGAUCAGGAAGAUUACUGUCGUCCUCGACCUCUCAGUGAAGCUUAUUCAGUGCCACCAGCUGCAAGACCGAUCACUAGUCUGAUUUUACCCACGCAAUUGUUGACAUCGUCCAAUAUUAAUCCGAACAAUCCCCUAGAAGCGAAUUAUUCCAUUGUUCCAGCACCCACACCAGUGAUCAUUUCACCUACAACACCCACGAUCACUUCAAAUGGUCUCGACCUACCACUUCAAGGUUACAUGAAAAUGCACCCUGCUGGACCUAAAACUCCUACGUUAAAUGGAUCACACCAAGCACCUUCCCGAACUACCACACCAACUCAAAAUCGAUCGGAUAACCAUGGCUCGCAUCCAGGAGGACGCGAAGAUAGUCAGUCUUCGGUUUCCUAUGGAAGAACUUCUUCGAAUUCCAGCACAAGAUCAAAGGAACACUCGAGACCCCAGGAUGAGCUUCUCGAGAUCAUCAACGACUUCAAGAACAACGUCUUCACAAUAUCAGAAGUCGAGAGACUCGUUGAGAAUUGGAGAAACCGAAACGACGUGCAGCAGAGUUUCAAGGACAAGCAGAGGCAAUUGACUGCCAUGAGGGAGGAAUAUGAGAGGAUACAGAAGAAGAUGAAGGAGGAGAUGAAAGCACCCACGCCUUUCGACAGAAUAAGAAAGUUCUUCUCGAAAGGGAAGAAAGACUCCAAAGAUUCCACUAAUGGUACCGAUGACUCCUCCCCAACGACAAAACCAGAAGCCGUGAACGGAACCUUGGCAGAUCGUCGACCUGUCAGCAGUCUUAGCCUUGGCAGUGUUUCCAGUUCGUCGUCGUCUGGACGAAUGAGCACUGUCAGUGGCUGCAGUGGUACCAGCCUAGGUGAUAGUGGAACCCAUUCUGAUCCCGAAGACAGAAGAAUUCAAAAUAGAGCAGAUAAAGCAGGCGUAAUGUCUUACGAAAUACCACCAACACCAAAACCACUCGCUGGUACGUACUCGCCAGCUUUGCGGUAUUCACCAUCACCUCGUUCUUCAACCGCAACAGACCUUGACCUUAGGCCAUCUCAACCACCGUCAAGAGCCGAGGACAACGAGUAUUACAUUGCUUUUCCACCAUCCGGAUUACCCGUUCACUCUUUUAAAUCAGACGGAUCACUGAGAGAACCGAUGACUCCAGGCUCACCCAGCGAACAUCCUAAAUAUCUCGAACUUAAUCAAAACGUUUCCGGGAAGAAGCACGAUGGAGAAACCACAAAACGAUCGAACACUCAUAUCGAUCCAUCUUCGAUAAACAUCACUUCAUCCGUUACACCUGUACCUCCUCCUGGUAUGUGUAUACCAUCGAAUUACGUCAACGCGAUGCCAGUCUGUGUCCUUUCGUCUUCGAGCCAAACCACAAGGUCUAAUGAGACUACCGAUGGCCUUGACCGACCUAUAGAGCCAAAUUCUAAUUCUAAUUCAAACUCGAUCGAGGUCGAAGUCGUUAUUGAACCUAUCCCUUCGUCGAACGAAGAAAACGUAUCCGUCGAACAAAACAAACAUAAUCCUGGCUCGGAUAGUAACGAGGAGUACGUACAAACGGAUGUUAAUAACGAGGACAGCAGUAAACUUCAUCACGAGUAUAUGAAUCUGGGAAUGAAUUCUCAGGACAUCGUCAAAAUCGUUGGCGCCAUUCCAAAGAAGUGGCCUGCUCCACCUGUGCCACCACGAACCGUUACCAAAAAAUAGAAGACUCCGAUCUAACUGGCAAAAAGGAUGUAUAUAUUUUCAGUGUAUUUUAUUGUUAGUGCCUUCAACGCGCGUUAAAUCUAAUAUGUAGGUAGGUCGUUUUUGACAUAACGUAUCGGACAAAGUUAAAAUUAAUCUAUUAAGUGUAACUGACAAAAUCAACAUCGUCUAUAUAAUUAGUAUAUAUUAUUUUUUUUAUCCGAUUCGUAUUAAGAAAAAAAUAUAUAUAUAUUAUUACGAUAUAGUAAGUUUAUCUGGAAAUUAAUAUGCUCGGCAAACGUUACACGAAAAUAGCUAUACAUUUGUUAUAUGUGUUAAGUAAUUUUUGAAAUAUAUAUAUAUGUGGAUAUAUAUGUGUAUAUAUAUAUAUAUAUAUACACACACACAUAUAUAUAAAACAUAUUAUCUCUCUAUGUACAUUUUUAUUCAUUUAUGAACGAAAGACAGAAAUGAGAUAAGACUUAAAAUAUUCAUGUAAAAGGCAUCAUUUUGCCUAUGCCGAUCGUCUAACUUAAUUAUUAAUUAUUUUUUACAGUCGUAAAUAUUAAGAGACAUUGUUAGUCAUCGUAAACAUCGUAAUGAUGAUACAAUUGCUAUUGACUUUCAAAGUGAUCUCUGUGAAUAAUUAGUAAACACUUUGAAUAUCAAGUAACCUGAAUGUGUCAGUGUGUAUGUAUAUGUGUGUACGUAUAUGUGCGUGAAAAAAGGGAACAUUUCUAAUGCGAUUAUCUUAAAUAAAUGUAUAACUUAAGGAAUUAUGUACGAGUAUUCGUAAAAUAGAAAUAAGCUCGGUGUAGUGCCAUUCGUAAGUAGUCUUUUUGACUCAUUUUCUCAUAAUUAAGUUAUAGAUUAUAAGAAAAAAUACAAUCUAGAGAGCGCCAAAUCAAAUUUUCCAAUUUGGUCAUUGAUACCAAAAUCUUGUAAAGAACUAUUUAUAUUACUAAUUCUCUCUCUCUCUCUCUCUCUCUCUCUCUCUCUUUCUCUCUCUCUCCUUCUCUCUCUCUUUCUCUUUCUUGUCUCUUUCUUUCUAUAGAUCGACUUUUCUUACGAAUUAUAAACCUUACGUUAAUCCUCUUAUUAAAUAUAUAUAUAUAUAU